CUUCCCCCCUAAGUUGAUGUUCCCAGUUGUAACACGGAUAUUUUACAACUUAUUCAUCGGACACACUGAACCCUGUCUCCAAAAGCGGAACAAUGCAUCAGUUGGUGUUCUAAGUUAAAACCCGGACACAAACAUACUGUACAAAUUUAGAGAUUAAAUGAAGCAGUUAGCAAACUAAGUGAAUUCUGUUGAUUUUCAAGCGUGAAAGACUAAGCUAUAUACUGCUCAAUUUUAAUAAAUUAUGUAUGUGUAGUAGUGGAAAUAAAGUACAAAGGAAUUUCUAGUGACAAUAAAGUUAAAAUCGUUUCCAGUUGCAUUGCUGCUGUCAACUAACUAUUGUGUUUAUUAUUAGAGUUAUCCGUUUGUAUGGUAACUUUUGGGUAGUUACAAGGUGCAGUGAAAUUCUUCCUUACACCUAUUGGUGAUUGUUGUUUUUCGACACUUGACGAUUUUUCUGUUAAUGAUUGUGUUUGAAGAAGGAGUCCGAGUCUCUUCAAUUCAUGAACGUAAUAUAUAACUGGCAAACGUUGUAAUGCGACAUUCCUAAAGUGAUCUAUACGACGGCGUUUGCUUCUUUGAGUUUGAAGAGAAAGCGAAGGACAAGGGUGAGACGUCAGUUAUGUUCAGCCACUUAGGGCCCCCUCGGAGACGAACUGCUGAAGAAGAAGAGAGAGCGAAACAUCCAAGGCCAGAGGAUUCUGUAUAUUAUCAUCCUACACUGAACCCUACUGGAGCACCUCCUCCUGGAAAGCCUCCCAUGUACAAAUCAUCAAUAGGACCCAGGAUUCCCUUGUCUGCAGCUUCCUCUCGUGGCGGAGCAUCAUCUUCAAAUGCAGAGUCAGAGGAAGUGGAAUUUGGUGGCCCCCCUCCCCCUGCUCCACCACCACCCUUGCCAGACUCUAGUGAAUUAGGCCUCGGGGAUGUCUCUACAUUGCCUCUACCUCCUCCACCUCCAAUGCCACCUCAGCCUGCUGCUGCUAACUUAGGUAGUGCAUUGCCCCCACCAUCACUACCUCCACCUCCUCCUGGUCCACCACCACCCAAAGAACAAGGUUCUGUUCCCACUUCACUUCCUCCACCUCCACCGCCACCCCGCUCUACUCAGCCACCUCCACCUGGUACAAAUGCAAGUGAGAUGGGUCAAUCUGCGCCAUCAGAUGGCUCAAAUGUUAAAGAGUCUGAGCGUGUGCUGGUUAUGCUUCCUCCACCACCCCCACCUCCCGGAUUGCCACCUAAGUCUGAUGCCAAUAGUUUUACAGGGACCAAGGAUGUCAUUAACAUGCUUCCACCACCUCCACCACCAACUCCAAAUCAGCAAGUGCCAAGGCCUUCCUUAGUCCAUACCAUACAGCCGGAUGUACUACCCCCAGGCAUUGCUCGUUUGCCUCCACCCCCACCUCCUCCAGGACCACCAUUAUCUGUCCCAGGACUUCCUCCUCGUCCUGGACUUCCUGGCAUGGUUCUGCCACCAAUGCCAAGACCACCCUUUGGUCCUCCACCUGGACCACCACCAAUGAUGAGACCACCACUUCCACCUGGCCCUCCUCCUAGCUUCCAGCAGGAAGACACUUACAAUGCUUUUAGAUCUUCAGCACCCCAGAAGCCAUCUUAUGUUAAGUCGGCAGCAUCUACAGUUGUGAAGAGGCAGCUGGCACAGCAUACUCCUGAACUUACAGCUAUGGUUCCUGCAUCUGUACGAGUGAGAAGAGAGACGGCUGUCCAGAAAACAAAACCUAAGGUCCCACAAUUAGCACAAACAACCGCAACACCACGACCAGCAGCAGCACUUGUAGCAGCCAUCAAGAAGCCGGAGACUGUGAAGCCCUCAAAUGCACCAAAGCCACAAAGUGUUGACGACUCUUAUAUGGCCUUUUUGGAGGACAUGAAAGCCCUCGGUGCACUUGAUAGUUGAGAAAUUGUAGUCUGGCAAACAAGUUCUUCAAGGGAAAAUUUUUCACCCUGUUAUUGUUACAGGUUAGAAUCUUAGCGCUUGUUUUUUUUUUUUUUCAACGGUGGAGUUAGAUUCCGUUUUUAUCAAAUCUAUGUAAACCUUGAAAUCUUGGAUUGUACUGUUAAAUUGUAAUUAUAGUUUUUCUAAUUUUAUAGUUGACUUAAAUUUGAAUCUCAA